ACUCGAGAGCACAACCCGGAUUAAACUAUCAAACCAUUAAAAGCACUUUAAAAUAUUUUUUUAGUAGUAUACUGUAAAUAAGUAAGGAACCACUUUUGUAUGUAGUUGACUCCAUUAUUAAAAUUAUAAAAGAGGAGAGGAUAAAACGUAAAUAAAGGAUAAUUUAUAACGUUGUGUAAUACAAACCGACAGCGCUAUCAGUUAUAGUUCAAACACGCAUACCAAAGAUAUCUCAACCACUCAUAGAUAUAUAUUAGAACAAAGCUAACCAAAUACAACAGCAAUAUAUAUUCCUUUAUAAUUAAGUAAAUACUUGAUGCGCAGCUCAAAUACACACAAAGAAGGAAAUUUACAAUCUACCUCAGUUACUACGUUUCGUUCUAGAUCUAAUGACACUUGUUGAAAUGUGCGAUAAAGUGCAAUUAAUUAGUUUUAAUAAAAAGUUGUAAAUAUGGGUGAUAUUGAAGAUAGUAAUAUUGGCAGUAAAGAAAAAGAACACAAUGAAAACACAGAACUACAAGAGGAACUCGUUCCUCUCAAACCGAAGACACUAAACAAUGCCACUGAUGAAACUGUUAAACGGAAACUCACAAUACGGGAACGCUUAAAACUAAUCAAAGAAAACAUAACAGUAGAGCCUAUACUGAUCUGCUAUGUCAUGCCAAGUGUGGUCGCGUCGUUGGCAACACAAAACCUAAACCUAGAGAAAGCGUGUCGCGUGAACCUCAACUACAACUCUACCGUCUGCGAUGCGCUGACGAUGAGAGAAACCAAGAACUACGGCUACGAAGAGGAGCAAGUCCAGAAACUGAUAGCCGAAAUGGGAGCAUAUAAAAACAUCAUCCAAACCAUCAUACCAUGUUUCCUUAUCCUCUUCGUAGGGGCGUGGAGUGACAAGACUGGCCGGCGGACUGCCUGCAUUAUGGUGCCUAUAGUCGGAGAGUUCCUAACAGCAGUAGGGUUUAUCGUCAAUACUUACUACUUCGACUUACCAGUCGAGGUGUCUAUAUUAACUGAGGCGAUAUUUCCCGCGAUCACUGGUGGAUGGUUUACAAAUUUCAUAGGUAUAUUUAGUUACAUAGGAGAUGUAACGACAGCAGAAGAAAGGACAUACAGGGUGGGGAUAGUGAACCUGUGUUCAAACCUGGGCUACCCGGUGGGGAGUGCCCUGAGUGGCGUGUUGCUUUCCUGGCUUGGAUACUAUGGGGUGUUCACUAUAUCAGCCACCAUGUAUCUAUUCAGUAUGAUUUAUGGCUUCUGUUGUUUGAAAGACCCUAAAAGGAAAGUGUUGGAGAAAACAGAUGAUAACUGCUUCAUAGGUUUUCUGAAAGAGUUUUUUGACCUGAACCUCGUGAAGGAGACUUUCCAAUGUGCAUUCAAGGACGGUCCGGGGAACCGACGCCUCCGGGUCUGUCUACUGCUCAUAGUCGUCUGUGUCGUCUUCGGACCUUUGCAAGGGGAAUACAUGAUAAUGUAUUUGUUUACCAGAUACAGAUUCAACUGGAAUGAAGUUCAAUACAGUUUUUGGUGCACAUACAGCGUGAUCACAAACUUAAUAGGCACGGUGUUCUCAAUAACUCUAUUCAGCAAGUACAUGAAGCUGGACGACACGAUCCUCGGCAUCAUCUCCAACAGCAGCAAGAUCGUCGCCUCCUUCGGGUAUGCCUUCGCCAGGACCGACCUGGAGAUCUACCUGGCACCCCUACUGGAAAUAUUAAACGGCACAUCGUUUAUUGCAAUGCGGUCAAUCGCCACCAAAUUGGUCACUGGGGAGGAUCUCGGUAAGGUGAACUCGCUAUUCGGCCUGGCCGAAGCGAUGAUGCCGCUGGUGUACGGUCCGCUGUACACUCGCGUCUACAUGGCGACGCUCACCACGCUGCCCGGCGCCGUGUUCCUGCUAGGCGCUGCCUUGACUGUACCUUCCAUAUUUAUAUUUGGUUGGCUGUACUUUGAACACAAAAAAGAUAAAAUAAGAAAUGCAACUGUGAUCACAAAUGAGGGAGAUGAAGUGAAAAAAAUAGAUAAAAUGGUGUGAAAACUUUAUAUUUAAGUUAAAAUAGUAUUACUUACCUAAUUAUAAGUGUAUAAAUAUAAGUUUAUUUUAAUGAUAGGAUUGAAUUAAUUUUAUUACAAUAAAACUGAAACAAACCUAUACCAAGGUUUUGAAAUCAUGUCCCUUAAAAACACCUUUGACUUUAAAGUCGUACAUCGAUCAUAGCAUUACGCCAAAUAAUUAUGAAAUUUCAGCACGCAAAACUUGAAGCACUUACCUAAUGUGUGUGCACAAAUACGGGGCUCAAAAAUUCAUUAUCGGGGCGCACUCAUUAGUUUUGACGAGUCAGUAGCUUUCAGCUCUAUAAUAGCACUUCGUCAUCAUCGUAUUAACUCCACAAACCGACACAAAAGACCAGCAUUAUUCACCCGCGAUCGUUAAUUAUUUUCAAAACAGCCUUUAAAAUUUCAAAAUCUCAUUAAGAUACUUCUGCGGAUGAUAGAAGAGUGGAUGUGUUAUUUAAGAGCGUUUAAUUUUGAUUGGUUAUUUAAAACCCGGGAUUGAACCCGGGUGAGGGUGU